GAGGGUAGCCAAUGUGUAGCCGGAUCAGUUGGAAGGCAGCUCAAACGAUAGUUGAGGUUUAGUUUCGUACUGUUCGCCUGAAGGCUCGUACAUCGUAUUGUCUCGUGUCGUGUCGAAAGAGAGUGAAAGAUAUUUUUCACCGGGUUGUUUUUUCUUCAUCGCUCAAGUUUUUUCCUCUGCUCUGCAAGUGGCAAGUUCCUUUGCCGUCGUGCAUUCGUGUUGCGUGUUUGAAGUCAGGACAGCGAAGGCAAUCCUAGUGCGCUCGGUGCUGUUUUUCCGUUUGACCGUCGGUACUUUGUGCAGAACUGAACUAAAUUUGAUCGGAGCUUUUCAAAGUGACAUGGUGAACGAUUCUCGGUAGAACCAGAACAGAUCGGUUGGUUUGAAGAACCUACCGGACAUCUGCGGUUGAUUUUGAGUUUGCAUUUUGCUGUGCCCGGUGGUUUUUGAAAAAGUUGUCAAAAUUGAGAGAAUAAAACGAAAACGUGAAUCCUCUAGUGAGUUAAGUGGAAGUAGUAGCAGCAGUACGGCAGCAUCGGUAGCGAUAGCGGCAGCGACAGCAGCAGCGGAAGCCCACCGGAAGCAGCUUGCUCAGCACGAAAGGAUGCUGCUUGAUACACAGAACAAUAACACUAGCACCGGUGGCAGUGUCAGUAUGGCGGCCAACAGUCGCAGUGUGGCCGCAUCGGCAGCGGCCCUACAAGCGGCGGCUGCGGCAGCUCUGAGCGCGGCUAAGGGCGCUACGGAUUUCUCGAUCGCGGCAAUUAUGGCACUGCGGGAGGGCUCCGCAAGCCGGAGCCCUCUGGAAGCAGUUUUCGUAAGUGGACCCCCAAGUUCGGUCGAUCGACUCUCCGAAGUGGACGAUGAGGUGGAUGUCGAUGUGGAGGAGUGCUCGGACUCGGAGGAAGCUUCCCGGUCCGGCCAGGAGCGGAACUCUCACUCGAGGGCAACGGCGACGCCGAACAGUGUGUCGGACGAGGAAAGGCUGACCCCGGAACCGGCAUCGAAACGGCCCACCAUAGUCGGAACAUGCAAUUCCGACGAUCUGCGGCCGGUUCAGUGCCACCUGGAAACCAAGGAGCUGUGGGACAAGUUUAACGAGCUCGGCACCGAAAUGAUCAUCACCAAAACGGGACGUCGCAUGUUCCCGACGGUGCGUGUAUCCUUCUCCGGACCCCUCCGCCAGAUGACCCCGGCCGAUCGGUACGUGGUGCUACUGGAUGUGGUACCGGUGGACAAUCGGCGUUACCGCUACGCGUACCACCGAUCCGCCUGGUUGGUCGCCGGGAAGGCCGAUCCGCCACCACCACCGCGGCUGUAUGCCCACCCGGACACGCCGAUCGGUGCGGACGCCCUGCGCAAACAGGUUAUCUCCUUCGAGAAAGUCAAGCUCACCAACAACGAAAUGGACAAGAAUGGUCAGAUUGUCCUCAACUCGAUGCACCGCUAUCAGCCUCGAAUACACCUGGUACGAUUGGGCCCGGGUCAAAAUAUCCCCACGACACCAAAGGAGCUGCAGGAAGUGGACCACAAGACGUACGUCUUUCCGGAAACCAUCUUCACCGCCGUCACGGCUUACCAGAAUCAGCUCAUCACCAAGCUCAAAAUCGAUUCGAACCCAUUUGCCAAGGGCUUCCGAGAUUCAUCCCGGCUGACGGAUUUCGAUAGUUUCCCUGGCAUGGAUCCCAUGGACGCGUUGUUACUUGAGCAGCACCUUCGCUCACCGCUUCGGCUCUUUCCGGACCCGCUGAUGGCUCAGUUCGGUGGUGUCGGCCAGGACCCGGACGGUGCCCAAGCAGCGCUGCUGGAAAAAGCACGUCAACACCUGCAAAUGUGGGGUCGGGCCACACCCUACGGGGAUCUGCUGAUACCCCAGAUGUACCAACGGCCCAAUUUGGGUGCACUGAAUCUGGGUCAUCUCUGGCAAAGCCAAUGGCCGUCACAGUUCCCACCGGGAUUCCUUCCAAAUGCUGCAGCAGCGGCAGCGGCAGCCGCAGCAGCUGCUCCUCCUCCACCACCUCCCAGGACAACUCCUCCUCCAGCUACUCAAACCAUGGCUAGCCCUGCUAGUUCCGCUGGGUCGCCAUCGCCGGAUUUCCGUGCGAAACACUACUCCCGGUUCAGUCCGUACCAAAUUCCUCAGGCCCACCAUCACCCCUCGCAAGGUUUGGCACCUUCCGGUUCGGCACCCCACCAGUCACCUUUACCGAGAAGUCCAUCAAACUAGAACUGACUACACCAGCAAUCAGAGGCUUGUCGUUCGUUCCAGCACGUGUAGGCAGUGAUUUCCGAAGCAAAAUCGACGCAGUAUUAUCAACUCCUGUACCAGAACCUAAUCUCGCAAGUAGACGAACUUUCACUCAUCAAGUCUCAUCUUCAUCUGUAAAUAGCCUCGACACCGAUCGAAUUAGAAACAAAAACCGCCCCCUGCACCGGGGCUAUUAUUUAUUAUUUUCCAUCAACGCGUUCAGUAGUUUGUAAAGUUCAAUGCAAUCUCCUUAUGUUUUGUUCACAAACAAACAAGAAAAUCGUUUUCGUACACCUUACACAAAAACAAUGGUAAGAUCUCUUUGCUUUAGAAUAGGGAAAUUUCCGGACGGGAACCAACUGUCCGUACUAUAUAGCUGUUACCUUUGUGUGCGUGUUUCAGAGUCCCGAGCGCGAAAUUAUCUAUAUUUGUUUUGGAAUCAAAUUGGUUAUAGGAAACACAACACUAGCACAGUACGUAGUCGUUAAGUAAGUAAUAUAUUCGUUUUGUACUCUAGGUAAACUGAAAUGAACUUGUUUGCUUGAGAAGGAUAAUAAUUUUAACAACCGAAAAAAAAUUCGAUUCCUAGAACAAUGUUAUUGGUAUGUAAACUAAAUGAGAGCUACGAAAUGUACACGUUUGCUGCAAUUUCUACUAAGCGAUGAAAAAAACUACUUCAAAAGUAACUGCUAAAUAAAUAUGCAUAUAAAUUUACCUACGGACACAUAAUUACCCUCACGAAUGGGACAAUUCAUUGGAAAUAAAAUAAAUUAUGAAACAUAUAUGUACUUGGUGAACGAACUCGAUGUUGUAUAGGCAAAUUCAUGCAAAUAAA